AGCAAUUUAUCCACAGUAGAGAGAAACAGAGUUCGUCUUCUCGGGAGGUCGAAUUUUGAAGUUCGCAGGUAUUUCUGCUACAAACUAAAUUCCAUUCAAUGGCAUUACUUCGUCUUCUCUGUUUUCCUUCAGCAGCGUCUAAUCUCCCUACCCAGCAUCACCAUCCAUCACUAUUCUUCCCUGCUACCGCGCCAUUUUCGUCUCUUCCAAAACCUCACCACUUACUUUCUUCCUUCUCUCCUCUCUCUCACCCACUUCAAAUUACCACUCGAAAACCCACACUUUUCAUCAUCAAGGUCUCCUCUUCAACUCAAACAGAAGAAUCUACAGUUGAAUCCCCAGAACUCGCCAAUUCAGGGGAAGUAAAAGAAGAUGAAUCUUCUAAAACCAGAAUACUUGCCCAGAAUGUUCCUUGGUCGAGCACAGCCGACGACCUUCGCCCUCUGUUCGAAAAAUACGGGACCGUCGUUGAUAUUGAGCUUUCAAUGCAUAGCAAGACUAGAAAUAGAGGACUAGCUUUUAUUACCAUGGGUUCUCAUGAGGAAGCUCGGACAGCAUUGGAAAGUCUAGAAAAUAAUGAAUAUGAGGGCAGGACGUUAAGGCUGAAUUGGGCUCUUCCAAAGAAGAUUAGACCUCCACCAACUCCACCAAAGGAGAAGCCUGUUAAUAACUUGUUCGUCGCGAAUUUGCCUUUUCAAGCCAGGGCGAAAGACCUUAAGGAGUUCUUCAAUUCAGAGGAGAACACCAAUGUUGUUACUGCUGAGAUUAUAUUUCUUGACAAUCCCAGGAGGUCUGCAGGAUAUGGGUUUGUUUCUUUUAAUUCAAAGGCCGAGUCUGAAAUUGCUCUCAAAUCUUUUCAAGGAAAGAUAUUUAUGGAAAGACCAAUUCGAUUAGCUCGUACUAGAACUCGUCUGGUUAAAGACAACAGCUCUGUUAAUGGAAAUUCGAGCAAGAUCGAAGAGAAAGUGGAAGAGGAAGUGGUAAAAGAAGAGGAAAAGGAGGUAGCUGAUAAUGCUUGAUGGACUAGAAUUGAAUAGAAGCUAGCGAUGAUGGUUGGACUCGAGUUGAAGUAAGUUAUACACCAUUUGGCUAGUUUAAACUUUAAAUGUCGUUUAUUCGCCAAUUUGCUGGCUAAUUGAUUCUUAGAGGAAGGAUCGUAUUAAAACAUUAUGUUUUACUGGUAAAAUGCAAUUGGAGUAACAUUUUUCA